AAAAUAACAACUCAUGAACAAAUGCAGUCACCUCGUAGUUGGGAAGAGGUUUACCAAUGCAUUAAAGACUACAGAAAAACUACAGUUGCUCCUGUUGAUACAAUGGGAUGUGAAAGAUUGGCUGAAGAACCAAAUGACGUUAUUACGCCUCAGACAUCCAGAUUUCAGUCUCUCAUAGCGUUGAUGCUCUCAUCACAAACUAAAGAUCAAGUUACCGCUGCAGCUAUGCAAAAUCUUCGUCAACAACUUACAGGAGGCUUAAAUAUAGAAAGUAUAAUGCAAGUAGAUGAAGAAUUCUUAGAUCAAUGUAUUUCGAAAGUAGGAUUUCACCGUAGAAAAGCAAAAUAUAUUAAGCAAGCUGCAAAAAUCUGCAAGGAAAAAUACGAUGGAGAUAUUCCCAAUAGUGUUGAAGAAUUAAUGAAAUUACCGGGUGUUGGUCCAAAAAUG